AUGUCUCCACAGGGUGCUGAAAAGCUUGUCAUGGCUGUCGACUUCGGCGAGACGAACUCGUCGGUUUCUCAUACUUUGGUACACGAGGGACUCCUGUCAGAAAGCGUCACUACUUUGUCGCCCACAACAGUGUCAAACUAUGUCUCUGGGAUGAUGACUUGUAGAGGAAGUUCGAUGCACUUGGAAGUGCCAACCUUGCUCCGGUAUCCCGUUGACUGGGUCUUCCAACCCCUCGACGAACUCAAAGUAGAGCAACCUGGCGCUAUCCGCCAUGACAAUCACCAGAUACGCUGGGGCUUGGAAGUCCAGCAAGACAUGUCGAGAGUCAUGUCACAUUCUGACAAUAAUCAGAUGCUUCUACACGGCUUCAAGAAUCUUAUGAGCCAGUCAGACAACCAUCAGAUGCAGAACGCACGUCUUAUUGAAACACUCCGUCGACUAGCUCAGAAGAGGUCUUGUCCAAGCGAGAUUCCCAUUCGAGAGAUGCUUCUCUUAGUCAUCAUCGACUACCUGAUGAAAUUGCUCGCCCAUGCCAAAGAUGAGAUCGUAGGGAGCAAAUCUAUUUCUACUAUAGAGAUGGUCAUUUGCGUGCCAGUAUUCUGGAAUCAGCAAGCCCUUAGAGACAUGCAAACUUGUGUGAGUAUAGCCAUGAAGCGGGUCGAUUUUCCUGGAGUUAAAUUCAGCGACGAUUGUAUGGAGAACAUAUUCAUGAUAUCAGAGCCAGAAGCUGCAGCGACACGGCUACUCGCCGGCCCCUCUGUCAUCAAAGAAGGGGAUGUUUUCACGAUCCUCGACGCCGGAGGAGGGACGUGUGAUGCCUUGACGUAUGUUGUCACUCAAGGAUUGCCUCUCAGGCUGUCCAGGCAGGCCGUGCAUCAUAGCGGCGAUUCAUGUGGCUCCAAUGCACUGAACGAUGCAUUCCGGCAGCUGCUAAGAACUUUACUCGCAGGCCACGACUACUUGAGCCAAGACGGGGUAACACUAGAGGGCUACAUCUUUAAGCUCGCCGUUCAUGACUUCGAGCACUUGAUCAAGGCCGGAUGGGUCGUCUCUGAGCAUAGCAAAGACUAUAGUCUUGAGGUCAUUGGGCUUAAGUUUGACGCUGGGGAUCCCAACCAAGCUGAGAACCCUCGACUGAGGCAGCCCAACCAUGAGCACCUCAAUGAGAUUUACACAAAGGUCUGCGAAAAGGUUUCUGCCAUUAUGGAACAGCAGUUGCACGCAGCGGCCCAGAGUGGCCUGAAAGUUUGUAAAGUCAUCCUGACGGGUGGAUUCGGAGAAUCGAUUCCUCUAUGA